CUCCGCUACAGUCCCGGGCGCAGCGCGACCGUUUUGUCCCCAGUUUGUUUUUAAAGGCGCGUAAAAUGGCGUUUUGGCGCUCCGAAGCGAUUCGUGUCUUCCUCAGCGCGUUCGGUCUGACGUCAUAAGACCGGAAUCAUUUUUUCUUCCGCUGUAUGGAUUGAAGAAGUUACGUCGAAUCCACAUGCUCUCCUCAUCUUCAUCCUGAUGCUGUGAAGGAUGCUGCUGACUUCUCAUGCUCCACCAGACCCGUGUGUGGCAGACUUGUACAUUUAAUCCAGCCCUGUGGCAAGACCUCAUCCUCAGAGUACAUCUUAAUUUCCUUUCAAACACUCUUCUGAUGUGUUAAGCAACUUUGUUGAAUAGUUGGAUGGAGAGCUGGUCGGAUGACAGCUGGAACUGUUGUCAUAACUGGGGGAAUACUGGCCACAGUGAUACUACUGUGUAUCAUCGCUGUGCUCUGCUACUGUCGACUCCAGUACUACUGUUGCAAGAACAAUGGAUCUGACUCGGGCUCCCUUUCUCAGCAGCACUUUGCUUGCAACGCCUGCAGCGACUCGGGAUUGGGUGGGACAAUGGUCAUUCCACUGUCCUUGUCCUCGCCCGAGUUGCAUCCCUCCUCCAACCCUGCGAAACUCCCAGGAGGCCGCCACACCUACUGCCCCACCUGCUCCCCUUACGACUCCCCUUUUUACAUCAGGACCAGUGAUGAGAUCCGUAAUGGUGGUGAACGGAUCACCUACAUGCCGACUCACUACGAGAACCAGGCACUGGCGCUGCCACUCCCUGAAAUCCGCAGCACAUUGGUGAGGGAUUCACAGCGUGGCCAACAACCUGAGUUCUACACCAACACCCGAGCCAUUAGUACAGACGUGUGACCUCUGAAGAAUCCCUGCAAAGACACACCGCACCACCACCGCUAAUGUUUGUCUUUUUAUGUUGGUGACGUUUUGUUAUCUGUUAAAUGAUCAUUCCCUAUUUAUUUAUUUCAUGUAUUUUAAAACACGGUAAUCCACAUAUUUAGCAAACUUAAACAAAAUAAAAGGUAUAGACUAUAAAGACUAAAUUUGGAUGUUGUUUUGUUCCCCGCACCGCAAAAAAAAAAAAAAAAGUUCAAGACCAUGCGUAAAAUGAAUUACUUUCUUUUAGCUUUGGUUAGUUUCUAGACUUGAUUGGCAAAAUCACUUGGUUUUAUAAGCAGAAUGUGGGGUCCUGAAUUCUCUGUCCAACCAACUGGUGCCAGAUUUGGAAUGAAUUAUUGAAUUUGAACAGCAUCCGUUGCCUAUAUCUUUGCAAAGGGCUCACAGGAAAAAACGUAUUAGGGGACUUCUACGUAGCAAGAGAAUGAGAUCAAAGAUGAGCCAGCCGAUGGUUUCGUAGCCACAGAAUUUGUAACUGUUUUACUUUUGGGCCAGAGGACCGGAUGAUUUCAUAACAGGAAAAUGCUCCACUCUUUUUCCCAAAUAAGUUCUUUUUGCAAGCUGUUUUCAAAUUACAUUGUUGUAAACAAGUGUGAUCACCUUCUGUGUCGCUUGAGCUUCUUUAUGUGAGCUAAUUUGAAUUGAUGUAGAUGCAUUAAUAACGUCCUAUUCAAUCAUUUAAGACAACAAUGAUGGGUGGUCCUAUACUUUCGGUCAAUAAUUUGUUUUUGGUAUACAUGAUGCAGGAGAAACAAUGUGCUGACUUUAUACCGACUGUUAACUGUGUCUAUUCAAUGAGGGCUAUCAAUAUUUUUUAUUUCUGUUUUAUAAUAAAUUGAAGUGAUAUUACAAGAAUGAAUGGAGCCCCCCUUUCUGAACUUUAUAUCUGGUGGAAAAGAUAGCUUUUUCUAUAUAAAAAAAAUGUUAUCUUAAAUGUCCACCUUAAGCCAAUUGAUUCCUUACAGAUGUAUGUGUAAUAUAUGUCCUUUUCAAAUGAAAAUAUUUCAUGUGGUUUGAGUCAUGUGAGAAUAAUAGCUCCCUUAAGACAACUGGAAUUGAAGUGACCAGUCUUUCUGCACCAACAACCCCGUGCCCAGAUCAUUCAAAUGUAAAUAAAAAUCAGAAAAGCACUGUGGCAAACAUGUUUAAUUUUUGCUGUUUUAAAAAUUCACUGGUGUGUGCUGUUUUGUCAACCCACUUGUCUACUCGCUGUUAAAAGAUUUUUUGUGUAGUAAUUGUUUUCAUGACACAUGCACUACCCUGGCAUUUUCAGGCCUCAUCUGUCCAAAUAUAAACCUAACAAACCUAUUUGCACUUCUUAUGAAGGAAACAUGACAUCCAUAACUCAUCGAUUUUUAAUUACAAUGUUAGACCACUGGAAUAUCAAUUUUACUUCCAUGAUAAAUGCAUUAAUUGUAGGAUCUCUUAAGAACAGUUAUUCUUUUUUUUCUCACUUUUUCUAUUUGAAUUAUUGGCGUAUGCAUUUCAAUAGUGACACACGAAGCUAUUUAUGGAGUUAUUGAGUUUCAUAAAAAAAAGUCUUAUAAAUAAAACAUUUAGUUGUUCUGACUUUGGACAAAUAAAGAUAU